GGGGGAACAAGUGGACCGAGCGGAGCAUGAGCUCUCCUUUAAAUGAAUCCAGAGGCAGAACUUCGCUUUAGUGGCUUGCUAAUGAUCUGAGACAGUUUCUUUUUUGAGAGCAGACGGGCUGAGUUCCCUGUGGCUUUCGGGCUCUUUUGGCAGAUGAACUCUACAGAGAGCUGUUCGAAGGGUUUUCUGAUUAAUUGAUAGGAGAAAAAAAAAAAAAAAAAAUCACAAAUUUUCAUAUCAGAAGCAGGGACAUCUCAAUGUGGACACAACGUUGAAGCUGCCAUAUUGUCUUGAUCUUUAAACUUUGUUCCUCUGGGAUUAAGAGAGGAUACCCUGAGACACAGCUGAUCCCAGGAGGUCAGACGCUCUCUGACCCUGAUCCCCCUGCAGAAGGACAUGGAGGUCCUACGGAGGUCCUCUGUGUUUGCUGCGGAGGUCCUGGAUGUGUUUGACCGAUCGUUGACUGAGAAGGAGCUGGUGUCCCAGUCUAAAGCCUUGUGCAGAGACUACAUACUGUCCAGACUCAACCAGAAUGGACUGGGAUGGUCCAAAACUGAACUCCACCUCUCUCCCUCAAAUGCAGCGCUCGCUGAGGUGUCUUUGGUGCUUCUCUGUCUUGGCGACGAGCUGGAGUGUAUACAGCCCAGUUUGUACAGGAACGUGGCACGGCAGCUCAACAUCUCUGUUGCCAUGGAGAACAUGGUUUCAGAUGCCUUCAUCGGUGUGGCAACAGAGAUCUUCUCAACAGGUAUCACAUGGGGUAAGGUGGUAUCCAUGUUUGCAGUAGCCGGAGCCCUUGCAGUGGAUUGUGUCAGACAGGGUCAUCCAACCACCGUUCACAUCUUAGUGGACAGCCUGGGACAGUUUGUCCGCAAGUUUCUGGUUCAUUGGCUGAAGAGACGGGGAGGAUGGGCGGAGAUCACAAAAUGUGUGUUGAAGAAGGAUCUGACCCCUGAGCACCACUGGCUGUCGUCCGUCAUAGAGUCCCUGAAGUAUUUCCUCACUACAGUGUACGUCUACAUCAUGAAGGAGCAAUGA